AUGAGCUAUUUAUGCCUUCCAAGGAAGCAUGUUGUUGCAUCGUGGCACUAUUUUGAGCAAAAAGAGGAGUUAAAUAGACCUUAUUCUGGGAAUAUAUUGCAUAAUAGAAAUAGAUUGUCUGUAUGCGUGGUUGUAAGAUCUCAACUCAUUGGAACUGGAAACUCUGAUCCUGGGUACCCAUUGUCAGACCUUAAGUUGGGCUCAAAAGUUAGAGGAAUAUGCUUUUAUGCUGUCACUGCUUUCCACACCAUCUUUCUGUUUGUGCUAAUGCUGUUGGCUCAUCCAUUUGUUCUCUUGUUUGACCGGCACCGAAGAAGAUUUCAUCAUUUCAUUGCCAAAACUUGGGCCACUUUAACUGUCGCUCCAUUUGUCAAAAUCAAGUAUGAGGGAUUGGAGAAUCUGCCACCUCCUGAUAUUCCUGCAGUAUAUGUUUCCGACCACCAGAGCUUCCUCGACAUCUAUACUCUUCUCACUAUUGGAGGAAGUUUUAAGUUCAUCAGCAAGACUUCAAUAUUCCUCUAUCCAAUUAUUGGGUGGGCCAUGUUUCUGAUGGGUGCUAUCCCUCUGAAGCGCAUGGACAGUAGAAGCCAGUUGGAGUGUCUUAAGCAAUGCAUGAAUCUUACAGUGAAAGGGGCCUCUGUGUUUUUCUUCCCUGAGGGAACACGGAGUAAAGAUGGAAAACUAGGUGCUUUCAAGAAAUGCGCGUUCAGUGUUGCAGCCAAAACCAAGGUGCCAGUAGUACCUAUUACACUUAAGGGAACUGGGAAAAUCAUGCCUCCAGGAAUGGAAAGUAUCUUGAAUUUAGGUUGUGUUAAAGUUGUUAUUCAUAAACCUAUACAAGGAAGUGAUCCAGAAGUACUAUGCAAUGAGGCUAGAAAACAAUUUCAGAUGAGCUUGAUCGCCAAUGAUGGGAUAUCAACUGCGGCGAGUUCUGUUUGA